AUGUUGAAAUUGUGUUUGCUCUAUUUGCUUCUGAACAUUGCACUACUGGUCACCAGUGUCAUGCACCCUAGAUGCUUUUGGAGGAUGAAGCUGAGUGAAGACAAGGAUGCAGACUUGGUUACAUGUUAUAUUUUCUUCCUUCAGCUCUGGCAAGGUAUAAUGGAUAUAGAUUUUUUCAACAAGCGUUUGGAUUUACAAAAACCAACAAAAAACUAUCGGUAUGCAUUGGCCUUUUCUUUUGCAAUUGAUGAAGUCAACAAGAACCCUGAUAUUUUACCAAAUAUAUCUUUAGCAUUUGGAAUUAAUGCAGAUGGUUGUAAGACUGUGUUUGAAAUAUACAAGGAGACUCAAUCUUCUAAGUAUAAGUAUGAUCGUGCCCCUAAUUAUGUCUGUACUCAAGAGACUGUGUGUUCAGUGAUGCUUUCAGGACCAAACUGGGCAGUUUCUGCAAUAAUUGCACAAGCCAUGGGCCUUUUAACUUCUCAAAAGGUUCUUCUGCUUACCUAUGGACCCUUCCAUCCUAUCCUGAGUGAGAGUGAACAAUUCCCAUAUCUGUAUCAGAUGGCACCAAAAGACACAUCUCUGGCUCUGGCAAUGGUCUCCCUCAUACUUCACUUCAACUGGAAUUGGGUUGGGCUGGCCAUCUCAGACAAUGAUGAGGGCAUACAAUUUCUCUCUUAUUUAAGAAGAGAGAUGGAAAAAAGUAUACUUUGCUUUGCCUUUGUGAACAUGAUCCCAGUCGAAUUGCAUUUAUACAUAUCAAGAGCUGAAGUGUAUUAUAAAGAAAUAGUGACCUCAUCCACAAAUGUUGUUAUCAUUUAUGGUGACACAGACAGUACUCUAGCUGUGAGCUUUAGAAUGUGGGAAUCUCAGGGUAUACAGAGAAUAUGGGUCACCACCUCACAGUGGGAUGCCACUACAAAUAAGAAAGACUUCACACUUGGCUUACAACAUGGGACUAUUGCUUUUGCACACCACCAUGCUGAGAUUUCUGGUUUUAAAACUUUUGUUCAGACAUUGAACCCUGUCAAAUAUUCAAAUGAAUACCUGGCUAAGCUGGAGUGGAUGAAAUUUAACUGUGAAGCCUCAACUUCUAUGUGUAAGACACUGAAAAACUGCUCAUCCAAUGCCUCAUUGGAAGCUCUAAUGAUAGAAACUGUUGACAUGGCCUUUGGUGAUGAGAGUUAUGGCAUAUACAACGCUGUGUAUGCUGUGGCCCAUGCCUUCCAUGAGUUACUUCUUCAGACAAUGGACAAUUGGAAAGUACACAUUUUUAACUGCUCAAAGAUGCAUUCCAUUCUUAGGAAGACCCAAUUCACUAAUCCUUCUGGGGACAGAGUGAAUAUGAACAAGAAAGAAAACCUGGAGGCAGAGUAUAACAUAUUCCAGAUUUUGAAUUUUCCACAGGGUCUUGGAUUUAAGGUCAAGAUAGGAAAAUUUAGCCCAUAUUUUCUGCAUGGUCAACAGCUCCAUUUAUAUGAAGACGUCUUAGAGUGGGCCACAGGAAACAGACAGAUGCUGCCCUCUGUGUGCAGUUCUGAUUGUGGUCCUGGAUUCAGAAAAUUCUGGCAGGAGGGAAUGUCAGACUGCUGUUUUGAUUGCAAUCCCUGCCCAGAAAAUGAAGUUUCUAAUGAGACAAAUGUGGAUCAGUGUACGUCCUGUCCAGAGGAGCAGUAUGCCAAUUCUGAGCAGAACCAUUGCAUUGACAAAGUUGUGAUCUUUCUGAACUAUGGAGACACCUUGGGGAUGGCUCUGGUCUUAAUGGCCACAUGCCUCUCUGCAUUCACAUUUGUGAUUCUUGGGGUUUUUGUUAUACACCAAGACACUCCAAUUGUGAAGGCCAAUAACCGGAAUCUGAGUUACACCUUGCUCAUCUCACUCGUCGUCUGCUUCUUGUGUCCCUUGUUGUAUAUUGGCCAUCCCAACUCAGCCUCAUGCAUUCUGCAGCAAAUCGUUUUUGGAGUGGCAUUUACUGUGGCGGUUUCCACUGUUUUGGCCAAAACAGUUACUGUGGUUCUGGCUUUCAAAAUCACAAACCCUGGAAGAAGGAUGAGGUACUACCUGGUUUCAGGAGCACCCAAGUACAUCAUUGCCAGCUGUACAAUCAUCCAAACUAUUCUCUGUGCAAUCUGGCUUGGGAUUUCACCUCCCUCUAUUAAUACUGAUGCUCACUCUGAGCAUGGUCACAUCAUCAUUAUGUGUGACAAGGGCUCAGUUACUGCUUUCUACAUUGUCUUGGGAUACCAUGGCACUCUUGCCUUAGGGACCUUCAUUGUGGCUUUCUUGGCCAGGAAUCUACCUGACACAUUCAAUGAGGCAAAGUUGCUGACAUUCAGCAUGCUCUUGUUCUGCACUGUCUGGGUAGCCUUUCUCCCUGUCUAUCAUAGCACCAAGGGCAAAUUCAUGGUGGCUGUGGAGGUCUUCUCCAUCUUGGCUUCCAGUGCUGGCUUGCUGGGAUGCAUAUUUAUCCCCAAGUGUUACAUAAUUUUGAUAAGACCAGAGAGAAAUUCUCUUAAAAAAUUAAAGGAAAAAGCAUCUUCCUGA